CGGCGGCGGACCAAAAGCUGAGAAGCAGCCUUGCAGCGCCCCCUGGCGGCCAUUCUGAGGGACGGGCGGCGCCAAUGUUGCCCCGUGGCCUGUGGUCCUGAUCUUCUGCCUCCAGGAUUCCAAACAGUUGGAGGUUGGACAGAUUCCUGGGAGGAUCAAGAGAGCCCCGCCCUGGGCAAUGGAGAAGGGCUUCCUCAAAAGCAAAAAUGAAAAAGGAUACAGCCUCAAGGGCAAGGCGUCUGUACACAGCUUGAACAAAGUGAAGCAGACCAAACUCACCGUGGGCAGCCUGGGAUUGGGCCUGAUCAUCAUCCAGAAUGGGCCUUACCUCCAGAUUAGUCACCUCAUCAAUAAAGGGGCUGCAGCCAGUGAUGGGAUACUCCAGCCAGGUGAUGUUCUGAUUAGUGUUGGACAUGCUAACGUGUUAGGAUAUACCCUCCGUGAAUUUUUAAAGCUUUUGCAAAAUAUCACCAUAGGAACAGUGCUACAAAUCAAGGCUUACCGAGACUUUAUUGACAUCCCUCAGGAAUGGCAAGAUGUGUAUGACUUAAUCCCCGAGACCAAAUUUCCAGUCCCACACUCACCAAAGACAACGGAGCAGGCAAAGGAUGGGUCUUUUGUAAGCAGAGAUGACCAUGAAGAUGCAGUUCUAGAUAAAAGACUCAAGUAUUACAGAUAUCCUCGAUCGGUUUGGAAUCACCCCGUAAGGACACCGAUAUCAAUCUCCACAGAAUGGCAUGGAUAUAAAAAGAAGGACCACACUAUUAGUGUUGGGAAAGGUGUUAACCAUGAUGUUGUAAUUCACAAAGAUGACAAGAAAGACCUGAGGGCCCCUUCUCCAUACUGGACAAUGGUGGAGCAUGAUAAUGCCAUCUCUUCCUCCUCCUCCGGCGCUUCCUCUAACUCAGAUGCCUUUUGGCUGGAGGACUAUGCACAGGUGGAACGGGGUGAAGGUCAGCAGGUAUCAAAUUUUGGCUAGGUACUGGUUUACAAAUCUGUGGCCACAGAAAUUUUUAUUUUUAAAUAUCCAAUUUUUGUGCCUUACCAUGUAUAGGUUUGUAGAAUUCCUACAGCACUUAGCAGCUCUUCUAGGACUACAAAAAAACCUUCAUAGACCUUCAGUUAAUAGCUCAGGACCUCCUUCCCUGUGGUAUAACAGGUUCCACAGAUCUGUUCUCAGAAUCACAUCAUCAUUCACUCAGCUUUUAGAAUAUCAAGUAGAGGAACCCAAUCAUCACGGCUGACCAUUUGCUUUUUAAGGUAAAGUUUUCUUUGUUUUGGGCUGGUUGUUUACAUUACACCCUUUCAGUGAUACUUUUACUUGGAAUGUCAGGCUGAGAAUUAAAGGAGACAAGGGAGAAAACUGCUGCAUAGAAGCAAAGUCAGACACAAACGAAGGAUGGUCCUUAGAAACACAUCUAAUAAAGAGGGCAAAACCCAGACCUUUCACUUGUUAUCCCCAAAUGAGCAAUUUUAAACUUGUUUUUAAUUUGAAAAGCCACCAAUAAUAAUCUGGUACUUUUACUUUCAGAGCUGCCUCAAUUUUAACAGUUUGUGAAAUUUCUUAAUUGAUGUAACUGGUAAACUCAA